CUCUUUCUUUUUUUUCUUUUUUUUUCGCCCACGGAAGAUUUUAAAAGAAAAAAAAGAAAAAGAUUAGGGAACGAGAGGGAAAAAGGCCCGCUCAGAAGGGAUCAACUCCGAGGCCAGCCCAGGCAGGGCGAAGGAAAGCGAGUUAACAUCCAAAGGAAAGCUUCGUUGAUCAGUGAGCAUCAUAACCAUAAGAUCUAGUUACAAAAUGAGGCGACAGGGACAGUAUGCUGAUCCUGGCAUUAAUCCUAUGGUGGCUGCUCAGAUGCAGCAAUUAUCAGUUCAGAGAUUGCAGCAGAGCUCAGGGAUGAACCAUUUUCCAGGAACGGCAGAUUCUUUGCGGACUGAGGAAGAACCACAGUAUAUGUCUUCAAAAGCAGAGAGACAGUGGCAGUGGGAUGGAGAUGGGCCUAAGGGUUCAAAUCAACCCUCAUCUCAUAUGUACAAAGAAGGUCAAGGAAGUGAUGCUUCACGAUCUUUAUAUGAGGGUCAAAGGUCUGAUUCAAAAAUAGGACUGGAAAAACAAGCCAAUAGAGACCUGAGAGCUCAAGCUCGUCAAGAAGAGAUGGAAACUGUAUAUGAGGAUAACACUCUUCCACAGACAUUUGAAGGUCUAGAGCAGAAAUUUCUUCAUGAUAUAAUGAAAUUAACCAAGGAACAUCAGGACGCAGAAGAUGCAGAAAAUGCUAGGCACAGGGAGAGGCUGAGCGAGAUCAAUGCACAGUAUCAGGAGAAACUACUGGCUGUCCGAGCUCGUCAAGCUACCCACCGAGAGGAGUUCCUUCGCAAGGAAUCACAGGCUCGCCAUCAGCAAUACCAACAGGCUAAUAUGAAGAGCUAUCAGAACAGCGCUGGACCCAGCGAGGGUUACGGCUAUGGUUCAGCUGCUGCAGCUGCCAGUGCAUAUGGAGAUGCACAUCGAGCCUAUGCUGCAAGUCACUUUGACCCCUAUGGGGAGCGGUCUGAAUUUAUGGAAAGUGCUAGGGGUCAUGGUUUUGAACCUCGUGGUCAGUAUCCUGGUGGCCGUGCUUACAAUAUGGGUGGUCGCCAUUUUUGAGGAAAAGUUGCAGGAAUUAGAGCUAUCUUUUGAGCCUUUGUUUUUAGUUCACUGGUAUAUUAAUGCUGUGUCCUUUUUCUAUUCCACUAGUGUUGUUUACCCAUUAAAAGUCCCUGUACUAAGCUACCAGGUGUCAUUGAUACCAUGCUUGUGUCCAUGUGAGAUGGGCUGUGGUGCAGCUUACUAAGGAGUCUUUGGGACCUCAUUUCUCAUGGUUUGUUCGCUGAUGAAUUGUGUUAGACUUCCAACCCGUAAUUGCAUUAUCUUCAUUUGAUUAGCCUAA